CCUCCUUUUUAACAUCAAGGGAACAUCACAAGAGUAUGCCAUGUCCGAGUCACAGCAUCCCCUAUCCUACCCAUCUCCAAGUGCCCAUCUUCCACUAGUAGCCAUUCAACGUUCACCUCAUCAAGACAUGUCCACCCCCAGACAACAAGUCUGCCAACCCAAGCAUGCAGAAAUGGCAGAUGAGCAGGCCAGGAUUAGAUCCUUUAAACAGUGGCCACUGAAUGUUCCUGUUACCCCACAAGCACUUGCUAAAGCAGGUUUCUUCUACACAUUAGUGGCAGACCGUGUUCGGUGCUUCUGGUGCGAUGGUGGACUGAAAGAUUGGGAGCCAGGCGAUGAGCCGUGGGAAGAACAUGCCAGGUGGUACCCUCGGUGUGAGUUCUUACUGCAGAAAAAGGGAGACCACUACGUCCAAGCAGUACGUAUUCAACAGGCUGCACAGUCUAGACUUCAAGGCCAACAACACAUACAGCAUGGCCUUGACUCCGGAUGGUACCUGUACAAGAGUGCCCUGGGACAGAUGCACCUGUACAACAGUCAGCUGGGUGUCAGUCUGCCCCUCAGUAGUGGGAAACACCAGGACAGAUUUGAGGUGCUGAUUCAGGUGGAAGACCAGUUCAUGGUGGUGGAUGUCGCCUCGGUGGACUUCUUGAAGAAUCCACCCUCAACUGCUUCAAGAAGGUAUGUUUGCUAUCAUGUUCAGGAAAUUGUAAAAUAUUCAAAAGAUAGUACAAGCGUGACCAUUUAUAUGUUGCAAUUUUAAACGUUAUAUCUGUAC